CAAAAUGCCAGAAGAUAAAACUUCUGAAAAUGCUCCUGAUACAGAGCCCGAGGCGAAUAUCACUCCAGAAAUACAAACAGCUUUGGAUAAGCAACCAGAAGGCGACAAAGAAGCUGUAGAAGCUGCAGAAGAUGAAAGAGAAAAACUUGACGCGGAACCCCCGGCUGCCGAUGGUUUAACUGAGGAUCAACAUGCUGAAACUGAAAUUCAAGAGGUCCGAAAAAUUUCUGAUACCGAUGAAACUAAGGGAACAGAGGAAGUUCAAGAAUUUGAAUAUCAAGAGACAGUAGAUGAAGAAACAAUGGGAAAACUGGAAAGUGACGUUAUGAACGUUUUAAGUGUGUCACAUGAUUCUUUAGAAGACUUAGUGAAAUCCUCGUCCAUGCAAAUUGCCAAAGAAAAAUCAGGUCUAGAGAUCCUUGGUCUUAGCAGCCAAUUGUUAAUUGAAGAAAAAAAGAAAAAACGCUUUGAGAGAGCCAAAGACGUAUUAGGUGAAGUAAUAGAUAUAAGAGGUGACAGUGUUGGAACUGAAGACAGGGAUAGACGUCUUCGAUUUAUGAACAAUAAAUACGAUUCAGAUAAACCUACCAUGGCUCGAUUUAUGAACACAUAUAAAUUGGAUUCUGAUAAACCUUUCAACCAUCAAAAGGUUAAAAAUGUAUUGAAGUCAGUUAUGGAAGAAGCGCUACAAGAUCUGAAAUAUGAACCUGAGAAAUGUACCAAACUGGCCAAAUGGGCUUCCAAUACAAUCAGAGCGAAGGUAAAACAAAUGGAAUUUGAUAGAUAUAGAAUUAUUAGCCUAGUUACAAUUGGAGAAAAACAUAACCAAGGUGUACUAUGCACAUGCAGAUUUCUAUGGGAUUCUGAUCGAGAUAAUUAUUCAUGUUACACAUUGCAAAAUCCAUUUGUUUUUGGAAUUGCUCUUUGUUUUGGUUUGUAUUAUGAAUAA